AAGUAAGUAAAAACCAAAAACACGUGGAUGUGUAAAAUAAACAUAAAUAAAAACUCCAAAAUAAUGUUUUGUAUACAUUAUAAAUAAUUUUAAGCCAUUAAAAUAUUAUAAACAAUAUCUGUUACGAAUUUUCUUUAAUUUUAAAAAAUGGAAUCAAUUAGUGAACUUGAAACAUAUCUUUUAUUGAAUUAUAUCGUUGGCGAUGAAGACAUUCACAUACCUUCGGUAGUAAAACAAGUUUUUGAUGGAAAAUACGAAUUACUGCUUCAAACUGAAAAUCUAUUGUCAUUGUUGAAAACAAGUGAUAAUAUUGAAGAAACAAUUGUAAAACUCAUUGAAACAGAUGCAGAUCAACAUUUAAAUUGGCUCUCAAUUGGAAUUGCUUCCUUAUUUUAUUUCAUCCAACAUAAUUGGACGGGACCAUCGAUUAAAGUAGAAAUUGAAAAUUUUUCACAUCUUCGUGAAAGGGCUUUGAAAAAUUUAUCAUUACACGAUGAAUGCAAUGAGAAUACGAGUAGAGGGGAAUUUUUAUAUCUUGCAAAAUUAAUUUUCUCCAAUAAACAAUUACAAUCGUCAUUUGAGAGUUGUUCCUGGUGGUUAUUUAGAGCAAAUUUUAUACAUCAACUAAUUCUCGAUGAUUAUUCAACAAUAAUAUUUGAAGAAUCGGAGAAAUUAAUGGAAAAUAUUUCAAAAUUCAAUUUGUUGGCGAAUGAUUGUUUAAAAACAAUUUUUAAUUUGGAAAUAACGUAUUUCUAUUUAUCCUAUAAACGUGUACAAAAUUCGGAGAAAUAUUUCGAAAUUGCCGAAAAAUUGGCUGGAUUAAAAUUAGAAUUGCAAGGUGCAUUAGGUGUACGUACGAAAUAUCAACAGGUGAAGAAUGCUCAAUUAUUUUUGAAAGUUGAAAUUGAAAAAGAAUUAUUUCCAUCAAGAUCGUGUGAUAUUAUGCCAGUGGCUUUGAAUUUAAAUGAUGAUUUGAGAUUGGAGAAGAUUCAAUUUUCAGAGGAGACACAAAAUGUGAAAUUGGGAUCUAUUGAAGAAGCGAUUGUCAUGACGAAAUAUUUUCAGCUACAAAUUUCGCAACCUAAACAUCAGCUUACUUUUGAAGAAAUUACACCGUAUUUAUCGAGAGUGAUUGAAAAUACAAAUAAUUGGUCCCUGAAAUUAUCGUCAUUGUAUCAAAGAUGUGUUAAUGAAUCGAAUCACAAGAGAACGAUUGAACGAUCAAUAGCGCAAAUGGAAUAUUUAAUUGAUCAGGUGAAUGAUGAUAAGGUACAAAUUUCAUAUCGCAUGGAUUUGUUUUUUGUGAGUGGUUUAAGACCAAAAUGGUCAUUCAAACAAAUGCUCGCUGAUCAAAAAUUGAAUUUAGGACUCGUUAAAGGAGCUCUCGAUCUCUAUUUGAGUCUUCAUCUUUGGGAAGAUGUUAUUCUUUGUUACACGAUUCUUGGCCUAAAACACAAGGCUGCGGAAAUUAUAAAGCAAGAAAUUGAUAAAAAACCGUCAGUGAAAUUAUGGUGUUUACUUGGAGAUGCAAUGGAGGAAGAGGGACAUUAUGAAACUGCUUGGAAAUUGUCCGAAGGAAAAAGCAGUCGUGCACAACGACAUUGGGGAAUCUUCCAUUUCAAUAAGAAAAAUUAUGUUGAGGCUGUGCCGCAUCUAAAACUUUCUGCAGAGUUGAAUAAUAUCCAAGAAACGGUUUGGUCGAGACUUGGAUUCGCUUGCUUACAAAUUGAAAACUGGGAAUUGGCCGCUACAGCUUACAGAAAAUUUUGCGCUUUAGAACAAUCGAGUUUCGAGGCGUGGAAUAAUCUAGCAAAAGCCUACAUAAAAUUAGGCGAGAAGCAAAGAGCUUUUCGAGCUCUUCAAGAUGCAAUAAAAUGUAAUUAUGAUCGAUGGGAAGUUUGGGAUAAUUUAAUGGUCGUCAGUAUUGAUUUGGGACGAUUUACCGAAGUGAUUCGCUGCUAUCAUCGAAUUAUUGAAAUCAAAGGACAACAUUUAGAUGUUCAAAUUUUGAAUAUUUUAUCGAGAGCAAUAAUUGACGAUAUCAAUGAUGCCGAAGGUAAUUCAUCAAGAAUUAUUUUAUCAAAGGCUUUAGAACUUUUUGGACGUAUAACAUCAACAUUACCAAAUAAUUCUGAAGUUUGGCGACUUUACGCCGAAUUAAAUUCAUUGCAAACUGACGAUAUUAAUAAUCAAAAAACAGCGCAAUAUUUACAGAGAGCAUAUCGUGCCUCUGUUUCCGAUCCAAAAUGGUAUCAAAGAAUUGAAUCUAUUGAAAAUGUUUUAAAUAUGUGUAUCAAAUUGUCCGAUGCUUAUGAAAAUUGUUCAAAAAAUUGUUCUGAUCAACAAAAACGUAGCCUUCUUGGUAGUGCAAAAUUAUCACUGCAAUCGGUUAUUAAAAAAGUGAAAGAUCAAGAAUUGAGUGAAAAGCAAGAAAUUAUUGAUCAUUUAAUGAAAGUUGAGGAAAAAUUGGAAAUUAUUUUGUCUAAUUUAGAGAAAAUAAAAUAAUAAUGAAAGAUGUGAAAUAAAUAUUUUUUUCUUGGA